UUUUUUGUCCAAUUUUUGCAAAUCUAAAAAUAAAGAGCCAAAGUCACGGCCAGCAAACAAAAAGUACAACAACUGCAGCAAAAGAAGCGCCAGAAAGUGUGAAUUGAAGCGGGGCAAGAUUUGCAACGUGCCACACCCACACACACACACGACUGCACACCCCGCCCCAUCCACUUCUUGGCCCCCAAAACAGUUCCUCAACGACCCCGCGCUCGCGUUAACGCUCCCCCGAUUUUUUGAAGACUGAUCGUUCCAACGUUUUGCCGCAACAUUUUCCAAGAAAAUUUGCGUGUGCCACGAAAGAAACGUCCGAAACGCAGCAAGAGAAACGAACAUAAAGUGAGUGAUAGACACAGAGAGAGAGAGAGAGAUAGACAAAUAGAGAGUGAGUGUGAGAGAGUGAGAGAGUGAUAGCAAGUGAGCGAGUUUGAAAAACUCUGCAAAUAAGCCAAGUCCAAAAAAACAAAUAAGAUAAAAACCAAACAAAACUAAAAACCAAAACCAACCUUAUAACAACAACAACAACAACUGUGAUGGGAGAUCAGCCAAAAGUAACAACAACAUCGACAACUUCAGCUGCCGCCGCUGUUGCAACUGCAAACGAAGGCAUCGGCAUGGCUGGCACUACCCAAGAUGUCCCUGCUCCACCGCCAACUGAGCAAUUGCCGGCCACUUCCACUGAUCUAGCCAGUGGUCCUGAUGCUAAUGCCGAUGCGGAUGCGGAUGGCGGUGCUGCUGCAGCAACGGCCGACGGUGGCAUUGAUGAUGCGGCCACCGAUGCUGGGGCAAGCUCAUUGCCACCAUCCGAAAUUGGUGGCGGGGGACGUGCCACCUUGGAUACUGCCUGUUCAGAGGGCGGUGGGCCAGCCUCUAGCUUGGCCGGCGGCAUGGUGGGUCCGCCAAGUCCAUUAACUGGCUGUUAUUUGCUCAUCAUUUUGGGUGAACCGCAUUCCGAUGAGCACAAGGACAACAUUUUGCAGCAUCUGCUCAAAGGUUUUCUAUCCUGGGAUGUAUCCGAUUGUCAUGUUGACUUGGAAGAGGAGCUUAAUACAAUUACACAACAUGCACCAGAGGGCGAGGAGGCACGUCAUGGUGAACGUCUCAUACAAUAUGCCAGCGAGAACUUAGUGACAGAGGUGCUCAUCCAUCCGCAAUACAAUACGCUCAUACAAUGUAUGCGCAAUCUGCUCAGCAGUUUUACGCGUCAUCGUCAUAUAAUACACGCUGGCUAUACGUUCACCGGUAACGGUUCCUGGAUAUUGCAGGACGGUACCUUUUCGGUAUCCGAUUUUGCAGAGGCAUUUCAAGAGCACGAUGUACAAAGAGUUAUUCGCGCCUAUGCGGAUACCAUAACAAUGAAUAUACACUGCGCAGAUGCUGGUCUCUGGCAUACAUUACCGGAUAAAGGUUUUGCACGGCAAUGCAGGAUCAGAAUCAAUCCGGUCGAUGUCUUGGAUACCAGUAGUGAGAGCAUUAAUGGCUUCUUAGACUAUUUAGCGCCCAUGGUAGUGCCAACAUCAUUGCGGGAAUUGCUAGAGACGUCAGAUGUUGUGGGAAAUAUACGUUUUACCCAUCCAACUCUAUAUGUCUUUCCUGGUGGUCAGGGUGAUGCUGCUCUGUUUGGCAUUAAUGGCUUUAAUAUGCUAGUUGAUGGCGGCUUUAAUCGCAAGGCAUGCUUUUGGGAUUUUGCCCGACAUCUAGACCGUCUGGAUGCGGUGCUAAUGACACGCCUUAACAACAGUAAUGUCCAGGGCCUUGGCGCAGUAGUUGGGCGAAAACGUGAGUCACAUGUUUAUCCCCAGAUUGGACACUUUUUUGGAAAUGUACCUGAUCGCAAGGGUUUGCCGAGUCCCGAUGGCGACAAGGACCGCAAUCCAUUGCUGAUUGACCUCUUUGAACGUGGCCAUAGCUUGGUCAGCGAUCUUAAAUCUUUAGAUCUGAAACCACAGAGUUGCUAUCGCAAUCAAGAUCCAAUUAAUCUAUAUCACAAGGUAGGCCAUGGCACCCUAGACAUGUAUGUGAUUAGUCCGGCUCGGGACUCGAAGGAGGUCAAGGAAUUUAUGCAAAAAUGGCAUGCCGGCGAUCAGCGACUUUUCGCUUCGCGGGACACCAAAGAGUUUAACUUUCCAUUGCAGAAUUUAGUCUCAAUUUGCGCACUGUUGGUAUGGCAACCGGCCAAUCCGGAUGACACCAUUACGCGUAUUCUCUUCCCGGGAAGUACUCCAGACUUUAAGAUCCAAGAGGGUCUAGAGAAGCUUAAGCAUUUGGAGUUUAUGAAGCACUCGACAUGUACGGCCAAGUCAAUUGCGCCUGCCAUUCAGACAGUAAGCAGUACCCGCAAGACGCUUAAGUCAGCCAUCGAAGCAGCUCCAGCUCCACCAAGUGCAAGUUAUAAACCUGUCAAAUUUGGUCCCGUACCGAGUGCAGCAGUUGCCGUGCAGCAUCAGCAAGACAAUAAGGCUAAGGAGGCAGCUGCUGCGGCUGCUGCUGCCGCAGAGGAAGCAGCAGUUCCGCAAAGUCUUGGAAUAAAGGUUGACUCGAUUGAUACAGAUGAGCCAGAGCCGGAACCUGCAGUAGAUACAGGCGAUGAGGCUGUGCACGUUGAACCGGAAGCGGAUACCGAAGCUGAAUUGGAAGCAGAAACCGUUCCAGACACUGAAGCGGACAAUAAGGAUGCCGGUGAAGAGAAAAAGGUGGAAGUCAUUAUAAUCAAACCCACAACUGGACAAAAAGACGCCGUCGACGCCGCGCAUAUUGAAGCUGCUGCACCUGGAAAGUCAGGCAAACCGCCUAAAGGUAAAACGGAGAAACCCCGCGCCGAAGUGAAGCCUGUAGUUCGUUCCCGGAUCGACACCAAGCCACCGAAAUCUAUGGAUCGCAAGCUGGUUAAGCGGGAUGACAAGAAGAGUUCACCGACCGCUACGCCGGCCGCUUCACGCACUCCCGGUGGCCGUGAUGUCAAACCUAAAUUAAUGACUCGCACCGCCGCCACCAGGUCUAGUCCAAGUAGCACGCCGGCGAAAAGCGCCAAGGAGGCCAACAAUCGCAAGGUACUUGAAUCAAAGCAGCAGGCAGCAGCGGCAGCCUCAGCUCGUCAGACAGCUGCAUCUACAAAGCGGAUUGCAGCCAGCUCUGCCACUUCUAGUUCAGGAGAAAGAAAAUUCCAGCAAGCGGAAACAAAGACUUCAACCCACACAACAGUUGCACAGCGAAAGCCGAUAUCGCGACGUCCUCGUGGUGUAUCGCCGUCAAAGCGUGCGCCAGCACCUGGUAGUCCCAUCAAGUCGGCUAAACCAAAAGCGGAAAUCAAAAAAUCACGGUUAGACAAAGGGGGCACAACCGAUUCAAGUCUAGUGUCCACACCCUCAGCAGACGAUGCAACCGCUGCCAAAAAAUUGCAGGAGCUGACCGCUUCCCAGGAACUGGAACUUGCGGAAAAGCAGCGCGAGCUAGACGAUCUUAAAGAAGAGCAGGAAGUAGUGCGUGAGAUAGAAGCUGUUUUCAGCCGCGACGAGAUGAAACGUCAGCAACAGAUUAAGGCCGAGCUCAGAGAAAUGGCCAAGCAGGACAGUACAACAGAGGCCGACGAAGAAGAGGAAUACUUGAUUAUCGAAAAAGAAGAGGUGGAACAAUAUACCGAGGACUCUAUUAUAGAGCAAGAGAGCAGCAUGACUAAAGAAGAGGAGAUCCAAAAACAUCAGCGUGACUCUCAAGAGUCGGAGAAGAAGCGCAAGAAGAGCGCUGAAGAGGAGAUUGAAGCAGCUAUUGCCAAAGUGGAGGCAGCUGAGCGAAAAGCUCGUUUGGAAGACAGUCAUGACCACCAAACAGUCUCUACGCCUGAGAAGUCGGAAAUUAAAGCUGAACUACAGGAAAUUAUAGCCACUGCCAAAGAUAUUAUAGUCAAAUCCCGGACCGACGAGCAAUUGGCUAAACCUACUGAGGAAGAAUACUCCUCUCCAACCCCUGAGGAGAAGAUAAGCAAGAGAACCUCUGAUACAAAAGAUGAACCGAUUGAAAUCCCGGAGGCACUGCCCGUUAACCUGCAAGAAAGUCUUCCAGAGGAAAAGUUCUCGGCAACAAUCGAGUCAGGUGCUACAACGGCACCCACACUUCCUGAGGAUGAGCGCAUACCUUUGGAUCAGAUCAAAGAAGACUUGGUGAUUGAGGAGAAAUAUGUUAAGGAAGAGACCAAAGAGGUGGAAGCCAUUGUAACGGUAGCAAAUGCUGAAGUGCCAGUACCAGCUUUAGCAGCUUCUAUUGCCGCUGCGGACGUUGCCUUUGUCCCAAUAGUGGCCACCAAGAUACCCGUUCUUGCCGAGCCCCAGGACGCUGGAGAUCGCGUGUUGCCAAAGAAAAUGACAUUUGAAGCUCAACAGAACCUAAUGCGCGAUGUCAUCAAGACACCUGAUGAAGUAGCCGAUUUACCUGUCCAUGAGGAAGCCGAUUUAUGUCUUUACGAGAAGGACAGUCAUAUUUCGCACAAAGAGGAAGCUGCCAAAGAAGAAAAAGAAACUGACGAUGAAAAGGAUGCCAAGGAACCAGAAUUGGAGGUACAACCCCAUUUCGAAGAUGUAGCAACGCCCAAAACCGAACCCCCUAAACCAACUCAGGAAAAUGCACAGCAAAGCACAAUUUUAACGAAUAUUACCGAAACGAAGGAAUUGACCGUUGAAACUGAACAGUCUAUUCAAACGGCUGUGGUCACAAACACUGAAGCCAGACCCCAAGAAAAGGCAGCAGAGAAAGAUUUAAAGAAAUCGGUCAGUACUCCUGAGGAAAAAGAAGCCAGCGAUAUCACUUCCGAAGAUGAGCUACCAGCCCAACUUGUUCAACCAUCUGCAUUGCCCACAAAGGUUAAGGAACGCGAAGACACUACUUCACUAGAGAGCCCGGAUACAAUUGAAGAAGCAAUUGAAGUUGAGAUGCAGGUAACUGAAACAGAGAUCCAAAAAGAACAACCAGUUGCCCUAACGGAAUCGGCCACCCCACAAACAUCCAUCCACGCCGAAAGUUCAAAAAUUACCCAAGAAAAGAGUGUCAAGGACCAGACAAGCAACGAAAAAGUAACGGAAGACUCUCAGCCAGAGAGUGACAAGGACGAAAAGUCACCGUUUGCAUCAAAAGAAGCUUCACGUCCUCUAUCUGUGGCCGACAGUGUUAAAGAUGAAGCCGUGAAACCGGAGAGCACACCUGCUGACAAAUCCAAAGAUCCGUCCAGAAGAGAAUCGGUUGCUGAAAGCAUACAAGAUGAAAAGUCUCCACUUGCUUCUAAAGUUGCUUCACGCCCUCAAUCUGUGGCUGACAGCAAUAAAGAAGAAGCUGAAAAAUCAGAGAGCACACCUGCUGACAAAUCCAAGGAUCCAUCUCGCCGUGAAUCAGUGGUUGAAAGUGUUAAAGAUGAAAAGUCUCCAAUUGCUUCUAAAGAUACUUCACGUCCUCAAUCUGUGGCUGACAGCAUUAAAGAUGAAACUGAAAAACCAGAACGCACACCUGCUGACAAAUCCAAGGAUGCAUCUCGCCGUGCAUCAGUGGCUGAAAGUGUUAAGGCAGAAAGUGUAAAGGAUGAAAAGUCUCCACUUGCUUCUAAAGAUGCUUCACGUCCUCAAUCUGUGGCCGACAGCAUUAAAGAUGAAACUGAAAAAUCAGAUGGCAAACCUGCUGACAAAUCCAAGGAUACAUCUCGCCGUGAAUCAGUGGCUGAAAGUGUUAAGGUAGAAAGUGUAAAGGAUGAAAAGUCUCCACUUGCUUCUAAAGAUGCUUCACGUCCUCAAUCUGUGACUGAAAGCAUUAAAGAUGAAACUGUAAAAGCAACGGGCACACCUGCCGACAAAUCCAAGGAACCAUCUCGCAGGGAAUCGGUCGCUGAGAGUGUUAAGGCAGAAGGUAUUAAAGAUGAAAAGUCUCCACUUGCUUCUAAGGAGGUCUCACGUCCUGAGUCUGUGGCUGACAGCGUUAAAGAUGAAGCUGAAAAACCAGAGAGCACAAUAGCUGAAAAGUCCAAGGAUCCAUCUCGCCGUGAAUCAGUGGCUGAAAGUGUUAAAGAUGAAAAGUCUCCAAUUGCUUCUAAAGAUACUUCACGUCCUCAAUCUGUGGCCGAAAGCAUUAAAGAUGAAGCUGAAAAACCAGAGAGCACAACUGCUGACAAAUCCAAGGAACCAUCUCGCCGGGAAUCAGUGGCUGAGAGUGUUAAGGCUGAAAGUGUAAAGGAUGAAAAGUCUACAUUUGCUUCUAUGGAGGUCUCACGUCCUGAGUCUGUGGCUGACAGCGUUAAAGCUGAAGCUGAAAAAUCAGAGAGCACUAUAGCCGACAAAUCCAAGGAUCCAUCUCGCCGUGAAUCAUUGGUUGAAAGUGUUCAAGAUGAAAAGUCUCCAAUUGCUUCUAAAUAUACUUCACGUCCUCAAUCUGUGGCUGACAGCAUUAAAGAUGAAACUGAAAAACCAGAGAGCACACCUGAUGAUAAAUCCAAGGAACCAUCUCGACGAGAAUCAGUGGCUGAAAGCGUCAAGGCAGAAAGUGUUAAAGAUGAAAAGUCUCCACCUGCUUCUAAGGAGGUCUCACGUCCUGAGUCUGUGGCUGACAGCGCUAAAGCUGAAGCUGAAAAACCAGAGAAAACAACUGCUGACAAAUCAAAGGAUCCCUCUCGCCGGGAGUCGGUCGCUGAGAGUGUUAAGGCAGAAAGUGUUCAAGAUGAAAAGUCUCCACUUGCUUCUAAAGAGAUGUCACGUCCUGAGUCUGUGGCUGACAGCGUUAAAGCUGAAGCAGAAAAACCAGAGAGCACUAUAGCUGACAAAUCCAAGGAUCCAUCUCGCCGUGAAUCAGUGGCAGAGGAUGAAAAACCAGUAAGCCUUAAGGAUGAAAAGUCUCCACUUGCUUCUAAAGAUGCUUCACGUCCUCAAUCUGUGGCUGACAGCAUUAAAAAUGAAACUGAACAACCAGAGGGCACACCUGCUGACAAAUCCAAGGAACCAUCUCGCCGCGAAUCAAUAUCUGAAACUGUUAAGCUAGAAAGUGUUAAGGAUGAAAAGUCUCCACUUGCUUCUAAAGAUGCUUCACGUCCUCAAUCAGUGGCUGACAGCAUUAAAGAUGAAACUGAAAAACCAGAGGGCACACCUGUUGACAAAUCCAAGGAUCCAUCUCGCCGUGAAUCAGUGGCAGAGGAUGAAAAACCAGUAAGCCUUAAGGAUGUAAAGUCUCCACUUGCUUCUAAAGAUGCUUCACGUCCUCAAUCUGUGGCUGACAGCAUUAAAGAUGAAACUGAAAAACCAGAGGGCACACCUGCUGACAAAUCCAAGGAACCAUCUCGCCGCGAAUCAGUAUCUGAAACUGUUAAGCUAGAAAGUGUUAAGGAUGAAAAGUCUCCACUUGCUUCUAAAGAUGCUUCACGUCCUCAAUCAGUGGCUGACAGCAUUAAAGAUGAAACUGAAAAACCAGAGGGCACACCUGUUGACAAAUCCAAGGAUCCAUCUCGCCGUGAAUCAGUGGCAGAGGAUGAAAAACCAGUAAGCCUUAAGGAUGAAAAGUCUCCACUUGCUUCUAAAGAUGCUUCACGUCCUCAAUCUGUGGCUGACAGCAUUAAAGAUGAAACUGAAAAACCAGAGGGCACACCUGCCGACAAAUCCAAGGAUCCAUCUCGCCGGGAAUCAGUGGCUGAAAGUAUUAAGGCAGAGAGUGUUCAAGAUGAAAAGUCUCCACUUGCUUCUAAGGAGGUCUCACGUCCUGAGUCUGUGGCUGACAGUGCUCAAGCUGAAGCUGGAAAACCAGAGAGCACACCUGCUGACGAGUCCAAAGAACCAUCUUGUGGUGAAUCAGUGGCUGAAAGUGUUAAGGCAGAAAGUGUUAAGGAAGAAAAGUCUCCACUUGCUUCUAAAGAUGCUUCACGUCCUCAAUCAGUGGCUGACAGCAUUAAAGAUGAAGUUGAAAAACCAGAGGGCACACCUGUUGACAAAUCCAAGGAUACAUCUCGCCGUGAAUCAGUGGCAGAGGAUGAAAAACCAGUAAGCCUUAAGGAUGAAAAGUCUCCACUUGCUUCUAAAGAUGCUUCACGUCCUCAAUCUGUGGCUGACAGCAUUAAAGAUGAUGCUGAAAAACCAGAGAGCACAUCUGCCGACAAAUCCAAGGAACCAUCUCGCCGGGAAUCAGUGGCUGAAAGUGUCAAGGCAGAAAGUGUUAAAGAUGAACAAUCUUCACCUGCUUCUAAGGAGGUCUCACGUCCUGAGUCUGUCGCUGACAGCGUUAAAGCUGAAGCUAAAAAACCAGAGAGCACAUCUGCUGACAAAUCCAAGGAACCAUCUCGCCGUGAAUCAGUGGCUGAAAGUGUUAAAGAUGAAAAGUCUUUACCUGCUUCUAAAAAUGCUUCACGUCCUCAGUCUGUGGCCGAAUGCAUUAUAGAUGAAACUGAAAAACCAGAGAGCACACCUGCUGACAAAUCCAAGGAACCUUCACGCCGCGAAUCAGUGGCUGACAGUUUUCACGCAGAAAGCGUUACGGAUGAAAAGUUUCCACUUGCUUCACGUCCUCAUUCUGUGGCUGACAGCAUUAAAGAUGAAACUGAAAAACCAGAGGGCACACCUGCUGAAAAAUCCAAGGAUCCAUCUCGCCGUGAAUCUGUAGCUGAAAGUGUCAAGGCAGAAAGUGUAAAGGAUGAAAAGUCUCAACUUGCUUCUAGAGAUGCUUCACGUCCUGAGUCUGUGGCUGACAGCGUUAAAGCUGAUGCUGAAAAACCAGAGAGCACAUUUGCUGACAAGUCCAAAGAACCAUCUCGCCGUGAAUCUGUAGCUGAAAGUCUUAAGGAUGAAAAGUCUCCACGCCCUCAAUCUGUGGCUGACAGCGUUAAAGAUGAAGGUGAAAAACUAGAGGGCACACCUGCUGACAAAUCCAAGGAUCCGUCUCGCCGUGAGUCAGUGGCUGAAAGUGUCCAGGCGGAAAGUGACAGAGAUGAAAAGUCUCCACUUGUUUCUAAAGAUGUUUCACGUCCUGAGUCUGUGGCUGACAGCGUUAAAGCUGAUGCUGAAAAACCGGAGAGCACACCUGCUGACAAGUCCAAAGAACCAUCUCGCCGUGAAUCUGUAGCUGAAAGUGUUAAAGAUGAAAAGUCUCCGCUUGCUUCUAAAGAUGCUUCACGCCCUCAAUCUGUAGCUGACAGUAUUAAAGAUGAAAUUGAAAAACCAGAGGGCACACCUGCUGACAAAUGCAAGGAACCAUCUCGCCGGGAAUCAGUGUCUGAAAGUAUUCAGGCAGAAAGCGUUAAGGAUGAAAAGUCUCCACAUGCUUCUAAAGAUGCUUCACGUCCUGAGUCUGUGUCUGACAGCGUUAAAACUGAUGCUGAAAAACCAGAGAGCACAUCUGCUGACAAGUCCAAAGAACCAUCUCGCCGUGAAUCUGUAGCUGAAAGUGUUAAGGAUGAAAAGUCUCCACGCCCUCCAUCUGUGGCUGACAGCGUUAAAGAUGAAGGUGAAAAACCAGAGGGCACACCUGCUGACAAAUCCAAGGAACCAUCUCGCCGGGAAUCAGUGUCUGAAAGUAUUCAGGCAGAAAGCGUUAAGGAUGAAAAGUCUCCACAUGCUUCUAAAGAUGCUUCACGUCCUCAAUCUGUAGCUGACAGCAUUAAAGAUGAAGCUGAAAAACUAGGGAGCACACCUGCUGACAAAUCCAAGGAUCCAUCUCGCCGUGAAUCUCUAGCUGAAAGUGUUAAGGCAGAAAGCUUUAAGGAUGAAAAGUCUCCACUUGCUUCUAAAGAUGUUUCACGUCCUGAAUCAGUGGCUGACAGCGCUCAAGCUGAAGCUGGAAAACCAGAGAGCACAUCUGCUGACAAGUCCAAGGAACCAUCUCGUCGUGAAUCGGUGGCUGAAAGUGUUCGGGCAGAAAGCGUUAAGGAUGAAAAGUCUCCACUUGCUUCUAAAGAUGCUUCACGCCCUCAAUCUGUAGCUGACAGUAUUAAAGAUGAAAUUGAAAAACCAGAUUGCACACCUGCUGACAAAUCCAAGGAACCAUCUCGCCGGGAAUCAGUGUCUGAAAGUAUUAAGGCAGAAAGCGUUAAGGAUGAAAAGUCUCCACAUGCUUCUAAAGAUGCCUCACGUCCUCAAUCUGUAGCUGACAGCAUUAAAGAUGAAGCUGAAAAACUAGGGAGCACACCUGCUGACAAAUCCAAGGAUCCAUCUCGCCGUGAAUCUCUAGCUGAAAGUGUUAAGGCAGAAAGCUUCAAGGAUGAAAAGUCUCCACUUGCUUCUAAAGAUGUUUCACGUCCUGAAUCAGUGGCUGACAGCGCUCAAGCUGAAGCUGGAAAACCAGAGAGCACAUCUGCUGACAAGUCCAAGGAACCAUCUCGUCGUGAAUCGGUGGCUGAAAGUGUUCGGGCAGAAAGCGUUAAGGAUGAAAAGUCUCCACUUGCUUCUAAAGAUGCUUCACGUCCUCAAUCUGUGGCUGACAGCAUUAAAGAUGAAACUGAAAAACCAGAGGGCACACCUGCUGACAAAUCCAAGGAUCCAUCUCGCCGUGAAUCAGUAGCAGAGGAUGUAAAACCAGAAAGCGUUAAGGAUGAAAAGUCUCCACUUGCUUCUAAAGAUGCUUCACGUCCUCAAUCAGUGGCUGACAGCGUUAAAGAUGAAGCUGAAAAACUAGAGAGCAUACCUGCUGACAAAUCCAAGGAUCCAUCUCGCCGUGAAUCAGUAGCAGAGGAUGUAAAACCAGAAAGCGUUAAGGAUGAAAAGUCUCCACUUGCUUCUAAAGAUGUUUCACGUCCUGAAUCAGUGGCUGACAGCGCUCAAGCUGAAGCUGGAAAACCAGAGAGCACAUCUGCUGACAAGUCCAAGGAACCAUCUCGUCGUGAAUCGGUGGCUGAAAGUGUUCGGGCAGAAAGCGUUAAGGAUGAAAAGUCUCCACUUGCUUCUAAAGAUGCUUCACGUCCUCAAUCUGUGGCUGACAGCAUUAAAGAUGAAAUUGAAAAACCAGAGGGCACACCUGCUGACAAAUCCAAGGAUCCAUCUCGCCGUGAAUCAGUAGCAGAGGAUGUAAAACCAGAAAGCGUUAAGGAUGAAAAGUCUCCACUUGCUUCUAAAGAUGCUUCACGUCCUCAAUCAGUGGCUGACAGCGUUAAAGAUGAUGCUGAAAAACCAGAAAGCACAUCUGCUGACAAAUCCAAGGAACCGUCUCGCCGGGAAUCAGUGUCUGAAAGUAUUAAGGCAGAAAGCGUUAAGGAUGAAAAGUCUCCACUUGCUUCUAAAGAUGCUUCACGUCCUCAAUCAGUUGCUGACAGCGUUAAAGAUGAUGCUGAAAAACCAGAAAGCACAUCUGCUGACAAAUCCAAAGAACCGUCACGCCGUGAAUCAAUUGUUGAAAGCGUUAAGGAUGAAAAGUCUUCAUUAGCUUCAAAUAAAGUUUCGCGUUCUCAAUCUGUGGCUGACACUGGCGAAGAUGAAACAGAGAAGCUGGAGAUCUCGCGUGCUGACGAAUCAAGCUCUAACCUCAGUGGUGCUACAGAAGAAAUAUCUAGGGUUUGGGUUGAAAAAACAACAAGUUCCGGUCCAGUCGAUCCAAUAGUAUCGUCUUCAAUGGAGAAGUCUGUUACUGAGUUUUCAGAUUUUGAACUAAUUGAAAAGUCCAGCCUUACACUCAGCCUAGAAGCAACUCAAUUAAAGGGUAGUUUGUCACAACCAGAAUGUUCAGAAGAUUUGAGUGGAGAUUUGGGAACAGCUUCUUCUCCCAUAGAAGAGGCUCCCAAAGAUUUUAAUGACGUCGAGCUUGGACCAAGUUCAGGCCUAGCUUUGAGUUUAAAAGAAGCUAAAGGAAAUCUUCCAACAUUAUCCAGUCCGGUAGAUGUAGCAGACGGGGACUUUUCGCAGCAAUUGAUUUUAGAUACUACAACAGAAAAAGUGUUAACUAGCCAGCCAGCGGAGCACUCAAAGGUUACCACAACGACUACCGUGUCUAGCCCAGUUGAUGAGGCACCAGAAUCUGCUUUGUGGAGUGAGGAAAUAUUUGGAACAGCCUCUUCUCCUCAUCGUGAAUCAUCUGAAAGUACAAAGCCAGAAAGUGUCAAGGAUGAGAACUCUCCGCUGCGUCCUCAAUCUGUGGCCGAUAGCGCUAAAGAUGAAGCUGAAAAACCAGAGAGCACAUCUGCUGACAAAUCCAAGGAUCCGUCUCGCCGUGAAUCAAAUGUUGAAAGUGUUACGGCAGAAAGUGUCAAGGAUGAAAAGUCUCCACUUGCUUCUAAAGAUGUCUCACGUCCUCAAUCUGUGGCUGACAUUGUUAAAGAUGAAACUGAAAUCCCAAAGACCACACCUGCAGAAAAGUCCAAGGAACCAUCUCGCCCUGAAUCAGUGGCUGAAAGUGUUAAGUCCGAAAAUGUCAAGGAAGAAGAAUGUCCACUGGAAUCUAAGGAGAUUUCUCGUUCAGGAUCUGCAGUGGAAAGUAUAACUGUUGGAUCCAAGGAACAAUCCCGACGUGAAUCCAUUAACGAAGCCUGUAAACAGGAGGAUGCAAAAGAUGCCCCUAUGGAAGUUUCGCGACCCGAAUCUGUACUUGAGAGUAUAAAGGAUAAAUCAGAAAAACCCGAAAGUAUCAGGGAUGAAAAAUCCCAAGAGACCUCUCGUCGUGAAUCCACAUCUGAUAUUAUUCAUCCCCCCAUCCUUUCACCUCAAUUAUCAGUGGCGGCAAGUGCUACGGAUAAGCAGUCUAAGGAAUCCUCAAGACCUGAGAGCAUUAAAGAUGACAAAUCUCCUACCGCCUCGCGACCGCAAUCGGUAACAGAAACAGUCUCCUCGCCCAUUGAAGAGGGUCCAAAAGAUAUUUCCAGUUUAAAUUUGAACCUAUCUGCCGGCGAAGAUAAAGGAAAACUUCCGACACUAUCAAGUCCCGUAGAUGUAGCAGAGGGUGAUUUUUCACAGAGUGGAGUGGCACAAUCUUCUCCUAAAUCUCCGAGUCUUUCACAACCUGCGGAGCUCUCCAAAGCAGGAGCAUCGCUUACAGUAUCAAGUCCAGUAGAUGAGGCCCCGAAAUUAUUAGAAUCAGAUAGCGUGAAAGAACAUAUCAUAUCAACAGCGGUAACUGGUUCGUCAGAUAUAAGUGAAGCGAAUCAAACAAUCACUUCAAUAUUAGAAACAUCGUCCAAAAAGUCAGAAACUUCUGUUGAGAGUCUAUUAAAUCAAAUUUCAAAGAAAACUGAAGAGACACUUGUAUCCUUGGAGAAAAAAACAGAAAGCACCGUAGAAUCUGUGCAACAGUUUACCAAAGAAAGUAGCGAGCAAUUAACAGAGUUAAUGUCAUUGGUCGACAACAAAGUCAGUAAAACGACUGAGACGAUUGCAUCCAAAAUCAUUGACACAAAAGAAGCGAUCUCUGAAAAUAUUACCGAACUGGUCUCUAAGACCGAAACAACCACUGAAAGUACACAAGGAUUGGAUCUCAGUGGUUUCUCAGAACUGCGUGAGACUCACAUAACUACAGUGGGUUCUCCGGAAUUCACAGUUACUAUUUGUGAACGCGAUGAAACUAUUUUACACGAUAUUAAAGAAGAAGAUGAAGAGCAUAGGUUUUCACCCCCGACAGAUUUGGGAAGCACACUACCUCAGCAGCCAGUACGUCCAUUAUCGCCACGUGAAGAAGAAGUCGCCAAAAUUGUAGCUGAUGUCGCCAAGGUUCUGAAGUCCGAUAAGGAUAUAACUGAUAUAAUACCAGACUUUAAUGAAAAGGAAUUGGAAGAAAAGCUUAAAGGGUCAGAAGAUAUAUGCUCAAGUGGAGAGUUUGAUAAGACUUUGGAAAUCGACACCAUAAAAGUAGAUAUCGAGUCCGAGAAAUCAUCUCCUGAUCAAAAGUCGGGACCUGUUUCUAUAGAAGAAAAGGAUAAAAUUGAACAGUCUGAAAAGGCUCAACUGCAAGCUGCCGGUAAUAAAAUCACAACUGAAUUCGUUGGCAUAGAAUCUUCAUUAGCCUCCCGUCCAGAAUCCGUGGUGGAUCAGAUUGAGGAAGUUUGCAAGUCAUCCAAGGAACAAUCGCGAUCAACCUCUCAGACGAGUAUUAGAGAAGAAACUAAAUCAGUUGAUUCCAAGGAUAUAUCUCUUUCUGGCCCUGUAGCCAACGAGAAGGAGAUUAAGACCUCUCGUCCCACUUCAAGCGCCAGUCAAGAAGAGACUUCGGGAUCGCACUGUGCUGAUUCCAUUCUCUCAUCUUGCCAUGAGAGCAAAAAGGAAGAAAAGUCAACUGAUUCAACAACAACCUUUUCAAAGACAGUUGUGAGUCAAACGCACCUUAAAGAAGAAUCUCUCAGCGAAUCGUUAAGCAGCAGCCUCAAAGUGGAGGACAGUUCACGUCGUGAGUCUCUUAGCAGUUUGUUAACCGAAAAGGAGCUAAUCUCAAAAACAAGCAGCAAAGUAGCAGAGAAGGUCACCACUUCGUCAACCGUGCAACAUGAGGAAUUACUUACACAAUCUGAGGAGUGUUCUUCUGAGUCGAUAGUAAGUGAGAUUCAAACGACAAGUACUCAAAAAGGAACCACUACUGGCAUCACCAGCACAACUGAUACCACCAACACCAGCACCAGCACAAUUGAAACAGAUGAAACUGUCAAAGAUAACCUAAAAGAAACCGUGGCCGAGUUUCUUGCCACCGAAAAAAUAGUUUCGGCAAAGGAAUCAUUUAUUGCUGAAGCCACGAAAUCAACCGAAGAGUCCAUAAAGAAAGGUAUUAGUAUUGGCACCUCCCAGAAGCCCAUGUUUGUUGGCACAGACGAAUCCAGACGUGAGUCUCUGCUAAGUCACACGAGUGAUAGUCGGCACACACAUAGCGAUCCCGAAGAUGACGGCGGUGAAGAUGAGGGCAUUAAUCUGAAAGAAGGUCGGUCCAAAUCCAUAGCUACCAUUAUGAUGACAAGCAUCUACAAGCCCUCCGAAGAGAUAAGCAAUGUUGCCACGCUUCAAGAGGAAGAAUAUGAGCAAGAGCAGGAGAUAACCAAAACUCAAACCCAAACUCAAACUCAGACCCAGACAACAACUCUGCUAGAGUCGAAUAAGCAGACAAGCUCCAAAUCAAAAGUGGAGUCAAUUACACUCACUCAAGUAGACAUCCAAUCUGAAGCAGAAGGCGAGUCUGAGAGUGAAGUCGCAGAUCGCAAAACUCCGCCCACUGCACCAGUCAGUCCCAGUGUAAAGCCAUCGACAGCAUCAGCACCAACUUCAGUUGCAGUUUCCGCCAAGAGCGAAUCCAUUGCCUCCACCUCGGGUCCGUUGUCGCCCAAGGAUAUAAGUGGUAAGUCUAGUCCUGGUGCUUUAACUUCUGAAAGUCAAUCCAUACCAACACCGUUAGGACGGGAAUCCCAUACAGAAUCGACAUCCGAAUCAUCGCCGAAGCCCACAUCUCCCUUCCCCCGUGUUAGCAAAGAUGAGCUUAAAUCGCUGACUGGUGGCGAUAGCGAUACCAUUAUUGAGGCAAGUGCUCCACGUGAUCUAGAGAGCAGCAGUGCAGCUUUGGGUGGUAGCACCGAGAAGAUCAUUACCACAACCAUAACGACAGUGACAAAAGUCAUAUCAUCUGAUGGAAAAGAGAUAGUGACGGAACAGAAGACGGUAACCACCACAGACAGUUCCGAGCCAGAUGGGGAGAAAGUUGUUGUUACUACUACACGCACCACCAGCGAGAGUGAGCGCGAUCAGAUUCUGCCUAAAGAAGUGGCCUUGCUGCGUGGUAUCUACCGAUCUAGCACUCCAGGCAGUGAAGAUGAUGAAGAGCUACCUGGUUCCCCGCGAAGUGCUAGCUAUGAACUGCAGCACUCCAGCUCUGGCAUUAGCAAGCGUUCAGAUUUAGAUGCGGACGACAGUCAGGAUGAUAUAAUUCCUCCACUAUAUGGCAGCGAAGAACACUCUACAGCACGGGCUCUACCAGUACGAACCGCCGAUCCCAUGGCCACUUCCUUCUAUGGCGCACUACCCGAUAGCUUUGAGUGUGCUAAGCUACCAAGUGAACCCAUUCCCAUACGUGGAAAUUUAUUGACAGACUCACCACCUGCGAGCCAAUCAUCCGAGAGUGUAGAGAGCUCUAGUCAAACCUGGGCGGGACACAAGUUCCUUGACGAAGCUGAUAACGAUUUCCAGAAGGCACUCGAUGAGCAUGUGCAAGCCCGUGGGGUUGAGGUAAUGUCUUCCGUAACGGCUAAGUACUCAUAUUCGCCAUCAAAGGCCGAGGAGGUAGAGCAAAUUGUAAGCAGCACCGCGGAACGUCAACGUUUUCCACUUAGCGACGUUCAGCGAGUGCGGACAGGUGAAACCAGUUUCAGCAGUACGUCCGCUAGCGAAACUACCGGAAUCACAACUGAGAGUGGCAUCGUUACAACAACGACAACAACAACAACAGCAGCAACAACAACAACCACUUCAACAACCGGAACUUUACCAAAGGAUCGGCUAGAAGAAUGGGGCAAGCCACUGGGCCUACCCUCACCUGCACCAAUUGAGGGAGGCUCUGAUAUACGCACCACCCCAAAGAAAGAACGUCGAUUGGUGGCAACCAAGACACGUUUGAAUAAUGAAAAGAAUUUACGCAAACGCAGCGAAUCGCCAAACAAGGCCAAGAAACCGGCUCCAGUCUACGUGGACUUAACCUAUGUUCCGCACAACGGCAACUCCUACUAUGCCCAUGUGGACUUCUUUAAACGGGUGCGUGCCCGCUACUAUGUAUUCUCGGGCACUGAACCCAGUCGCCAAGUAUACGAUGCCUUGUUGGAAGCAAAACAAACCUGGGAGGACAAGGAACUAGAGGUCACCAUUAUACCAACUUAUGACACAGACGUACUUGGCUAUUGGGUAGCGGAGAACGAGGAGCUAUUGGCUAAACAUCGUAUUGAUUUAUCGCCAUCAGCUUCGCGUUGCACAAUUAAUUUGCAGGAUCAUGAGACCUCAUGCUCUGCCUAUCGCUUAGAAUUCUAGGCCACGGGCUUGUUUAUUGCAUUUGACCACGACGACGACGACGACUAAAUGAGUGGAUCACUUGACCCCGACUUUUCCGACUCGAAACCCACAACAACAGCAACAACAACAACAACAGCCUAUACCAACUAAACUAUGUGUAUUUUGGACUAAAUGUAUUUGGACAGCAACAGAAAAAAUGCAAUAUCUCAAGCUUCGUGCGCUGAAAUGGUAAAAAGAUAAGAGAAAUAUGGCGGAUUAUUGGCUCAUUGAUGCCAUUUUGUUUUGCAAAUUGCCGCCUAUUUAUGCUUUCAUUCUUUUUUGCCAAAAAAAUAAAAAAAAAAAACAUCAAAAAUUGAACUCAAAUUAGGUAAUUAAU